AUGAACAAGAUAGGCCUGAACAAGCAAACCGGUUGGUCCAUACAUGAACAAGAACAAGAUAGUGACCAGAUUAUUUUAAUUUCGUUAACAAAAUUAAAGGGGGAAAAGGUCAAAGCUUUACCUUGGACCGAACAGGUCCACGCCGACCUCCUCCAUGGACACGUCCAGACCGUUGUUGAAGACGGUGGCUGCCGGCGGCAGGUCAUACAGAGGUGGGGCAUUCUUGGCUGCUGGGGAGGCGGACAACUUCCUCUUGGGGGCUCCAACCUUCUACGCCGCAUCUGGGACUGCGUGCUGGCCUUGCCGAUGCCGCCGCAUCACCUGCUGCGAGGGUGGAAGAGGGGGCCUCUGCGGCGCUUGAGGGACCGGUGUGGCGGCGUUGGGACGAGGGCCGGUGGUGGUGGAAUCCAUCGGGAGAGCACCGGAUUGGGGGUGGCUGCGACGGUCGUCGAGUGGGAGGCGACGGAGGCUGAUGGGGACCUCAGGGCGGUGGCCGGAGAGGAGGAGCUCGAUGCAGGCGGCUCACCGUGGACGCACGGCGCCUGUGCUUCCCUCGACGACGUCGUCUUCCUCGCCGGUGAGAGGAAGACGCGGCGACAGUGGCGUGGGAUGAGAAAGACGCGGCGGUGGCAGCGCGAGAUGAGGAAGACGCAGCGACGGCGGCACGAGAUGAGGCCGUCGCGAAGUGUGCUGGGCGACGUCGGUGCUGGCGCUGACGACGGCGUGCAGGGGCUCAGUGUGCUGUGCGGGAUGGGACAGAGGCGGGCGUCGGCGGCGACGUGGGAGGCGUGGGAGCGGAGGCUGCUGUGUCGCACGUGUACUCGUCCUGCCGUCGAGACGCGGGGUCGCACGAUCUAUCGUCCUACCGGGUAG